UGUCGAAUUGAAGUUGGAUGGAUGUGCAUGUGUGUGUGUGUGACCUGUCGGAUUUGGUAAGAGUUGGAGCAUCAAAUCCUUGUCAUGUUAGGCAAUUGUUCAAGGUUUCUGAACUUCACGACACCAAGUUGGACCCCUCUCGCUUCUUCGCUGGAGAUCGCUGUACAGGAAUUUGGGUGGCUGGGCGACAAUGUUUCACCGGCCAUGACGAUUGCAUUGCCUCCUGUGCCCAAUGUGGUGGGAGCUUUCGGUUGGUUCACUGCGGUGUUCAGUGUGAAGAUGUGGAAAGAGUGUAAAGCAAAGAAGACCUGCCAACUGAAGCAGCCUCCGCCCUUCUGGGUGCAGCCUCCACUGCGAGUCCUCCCUCAGCUCACGGAGAUUGGCGAGGAGGAAGCAUGGGAACGGAUGCACUACUGGGGGGCAGUGAUUUUGCUCUCACCUUUGCUGAUGGCCUUCCUUUGCGAAGCGAUGCGUUGGUGCUUUGCCUGUGCCAAGCGGCGAAUAUCGCCGGGUGGCAAGUCAUCAACUGCAUCCAUUGCGUCAGGCACCUACAGGUCGCUUCAAAUGGAGGAGUCGAUGCCUGACUUAGAGAAACCCUUCACCGAAACAGUGGAGACGCCUCCUGAGCCCGAUCAUCCAUCCGGCUGCUGUUGCAUGCUGUGGAUCUAUCAUGCCAUGUGUGCUGGCCUGGUGGCCGUGGGUUUGCUGAACGGGUGGAUCUCCGGUGCCUUCGGGGGCGGCGUGGCGUGGGAGCUUUGGGUGAUUUGGCAGCAGAUUUGCCUUUGGAACUUGUUUCUGCAGAACUUGGCGCGAUGUGUGAUGCAGGAUGAAACUGCCCUGCAUGCCUCCACCGUCACGUCGGUGCUCUUCUACACGACACCCUUUUUGAGCGAGGUGGCCGAUAGCAUGAAGGAUUGGGUGGUCACAGGCAUUUGCAUUUGCCAUGCCCAGCGGAACUUGAUCGGCUUCACCGUGGGCUGCGGCCUCCUGGGCCUCGAGGCCUUCGCCUUGGCGCUCGGCGCCGUGGCCGUGGGCGGCGCGUUGCACCGCGUCACGGUGAAGAUCUCCGAGCGAACGCGGAUCAGCCCUCCGGCGAUGCUCCUGCAGGCACUCUAUGCCACAUUUCUGGUGACACGCAUCCCUAUUUGGGCGCUUGCAUGUAUCGCUGGUUGGCUAUUUGCAUGUACUGGUGCCCGAGAACGUCCCGUCUUAAUUUUCCUUCUCCCAACAAGUCUUCUUGUGCUUGGCCUCGUGCAAUGGCUCCGCUCGCUACACAUCACCUACGCAGACACGGCCUUUUGGUUUCUGGCUGAUGGGAGGCUGUUGGCGGUAAUCUCCGCUUAUGCCAUCCUCUAUAGUCACUUUUUGGCUGUGCUUCAUGAAGACUCUGCAAAGGAUCUUUGCAAGACCUUCAAGGCCAUCCGGUAUCUUCCCUUGAAGCCUCCCAGCUCCUUCCCGGAGGGCCUAGUGGACAAGAUUGCAAGGCAAGUUGGAAAUCUGUGCGUGGAUUUCUUGAGCAGUUCUCGAUUGCUCUUAGCUUGGUCGAAGGAUUUGCCUGAAGCCAUCAUUGCUUUGGUCCUUCUCUUUCAAAGUGCAACAGAUCAGCCAGGUUUGGGACUCAUCGGAUAUUCUGCCAUCAUCAGCAUUGUCAAAAGUCUUUUGAUUCCCUCCUGUCAGCAUCUCCUGCUUUCACAGCGAAAGGCGGCCUUUCAGCAGGCCUUGGUGGCUUUAGUCCGAUCCAAUGAGAGCGUGGAACUCCUGCUGCGAGACCUGCAGCCCAGCACGUCGACGAAGCCCACCGCCUCGUCGGCGUUGAGCGUGGAGCAAACCAAGCAGAAGCUACAGGUCUUGCUGAGCGAGGCGUCGCGGCAUUUGCUGAGCGAACUGAAUUUGGGAGAUGCUGAGCGCUUCAAGGCCUUUCACCUUUCGCGGGAGAAGUGGCUUUCGCAGGUGGUCACCUCGGAGGACGGGGAGAGAAUCAGGGGUCGAUUGGUGGCCAGCUAUGUGGAGACGGGCAUCUCUGCCAACGAGCUUUUUGAUCUGGGACAUAUGACGGGCAAUUGCAAAUUGGUGGGUUUCACGGCACUUGAGUGCAAGCUCAUUGCAAGAUUCUCUGCGAAACAGUGUAAAGAUGCAGGCUUCUUGGUAAGUGAUUGCCUUGGUGCUGGCUACACGACCAAGGAGAUCAAAGCGGCUGAUUUCUCUGCUAGAGAUUGGAAGGAUGCGAGCUUCACUGCAAAUCAAUGUAAGGAUGCCGGAUUUUCGGCAAAGGAGUGUGCCGAUGCAGGAUUCUCCUUCCAAGAUUGCCUAGAGGCUGGUUUUUCAGUGGAUCAGUGCAACGAAGCUGGUUUCGCAGCUGCAUUGUGCAUGAGCGCCGGCUUUUCUGUGAGAGAUUGCAAGGAUGCAGGCUUCUCAGCAAAGCAGUGCAAAGAUGCUGGCUCCUCUGCCAAAGACUGUAAAGAUGCCGGAUUCACUUCUAGUGAGUGUAAAGUUGCUGGCUUUUCUUCCACAGACUGCAAGGAUGCAGGCUUUUCGGCAAAGCAGUGCAAAGAUGCAGGCUUUUCUGGUUUGGAUUGCAAAGAGGCUGGCUUCUCUGCCAAACAGUGCCGAGAUGCUGGCUUCUCAGCCAAGCAAUGCAAAGAUGCAACCUUCUCCGUAGACGAGUGCAAGAUGGCGGGCUUUUCUGUGCUAGAUUGCAAGGAUGCAGGCUUUUCGGCAAAGCAAUGCCGAGAAGCAGGCUUUUCUGCAGGAGACUGCAAUGAUUCGGGCUUCUCUGCCGAGGAGUGCAAGCAGGCUGGAUUCUCAGCAAAAGAUUGUAAGGAUGCAGGAUUCUCUGCCAAAGAAUGCAGAGUUGCCGGCUUCUCUGUCAUGGAUUGCAAGGGUGCUGGCUUUUCAGGAGAGCAAUGCCGCGAAGCAGGCUUUGCUGGCGGAGAUUUCCAUGUCUCAGGCUUUUCUGCCGAGAAGUGCAAGGAAGCUGGUUUCUCAGCCAAAGAUUGCAAGCACGCUGGAUUCUCGGUUGAAGAUUGCAAAGAUGCUGGCUUCUCUGUCAAAGAAUGCAAGGAUGCCGGGUUCACUGCGAAAGCAUGCCGAAAUGCAGGCUUUUCAGCAAGCCAGUGCAACGAUGCCAGCUUUUCAGCAAAGGAUUGUAAGGAUGCGGACUUCUCUGCGAAAGAGUGCAAAGUUGCAGGCUUCUCUGCCACAGACUGCAAAAAUGCCGGCUUUUCAGCCAAGGAUUGCGCGGAUGCUGGCUUCUCUUUGAAAGAUUGCAGAGAUUCUGGCUUUUCUGCAGACCAUUGCAAAGAUGCUGGUUUCUCCGCUGGAGCGUACAAAAGGUCUGGCAGCACCGUGAAAGAUUGCAUGGACGCAGGCUUUUCGACACGGCAGUGCAAUGAUGCUGGCUUCUCCGCGAUGGAUUACAAAGAUGCAGGCUAUUCUGCCAAGCAGUGCAAAGACGCUGGCUUUUCAGCCAAGCAGUGUAAAGAUGCUGCCUUUUCUGCAGAGGAGUGCAAGACGGCUGGCUUUUUUGCAUUGGACUGUAAGAAUGCAGGCUUUUCAGCAACGCAGUGCAAGGAUGCUGGCUUCACAACUAGGCAGUGCAAAGAUGCACACUUUUCUGCACAGCAGUGCAAGGCAGCUGGAUUUUCUUCUCUAGAUUGCAAGACUGCAGGUUUUUCUGCCAAGCAGUGCAAAGAUGCUAGUUUUUCUGCCCUAGAUUGCAAACAGGCUGGCUUUUCCGUCAAGCAGUGCAGAGAUGCUGGCUUCUCAGCCACGCAGUGCAAAGAUGCUGCAUUCUCUGUCGAUGAGUGCAAGACGGCUGGCUUUUCCGUGCUAGAUUGCAAGGAUGCAGGCUUUUCGGCAAAGCAAUGCCGAGAAGCAGGCUUUUCAGCGAAGCAGUGCAAAGAUGCAGGCUUUUCUGCUCUAGAUUGCAAGGAUGCAGGCUUUUCCGCCAAGCAGUGCAGAGAUGCUGGCUUCUCAGCCAAGCAGUGCAAACAUGCAACCUUUUCUGCAGAGGAGUGCAAGAUGGCUGGCUUUUCCGCCCUGGAUUGCAAGAAUGCCGGCUUUUCAGCAGAGAGCUGCAGAGAAGCAGGCUUUUCAGCCAUAGACUGCAAGGAUGCAGGCUUCUCUGCCGAGGAGUGCAAGGAGGCUGAUUUUUCAGCGAAAGAGUGUGUGGAUGCUGGGUUCUCAUUCGAAGAUUGCAGAGAUGCUGGCUUUACUAUUGAGGAUCUUGACUGGGAUCCAUUGUAGUGUAUUGUGGGAAGUGGAAACCCAUUAGAGCUCAUGUAGUUACUUGAGACAACUAGUCCCGCUCCAUUUUGAUAGGUCAAAUUGAAAGAACCCUUACUGCAGCAAUGGAAUUCAAUGCGCAGAGCGCUCGACAAACCGAGCCGAACCCUCGCUCCAGAAAUGUGAUUGGCUCCGAA